CAUGUUUUUUGUGAUCUUAGAAACAUAAUUUUUUAUUGUGGUAUUCAACAAAUUAAUGAGUACUUCAAUUUAUACUCAAGUUAAUUUAUUUCUAAACUGAGAAAAUUCGAACGAAAUCAGUGGACUAAUAUAUAUAAUAUAAUAAUAUAUAGAAUAUAUAAUAUAUUCCCCUUUUACAAAACGUUUUUCGUAUUAAUUUCAUUGAAAAAACAAUAAUUUAUUAUUUACUCAGAAAAAGAGAUAAACAAAAAUCAAAUAUUAAUACAAAUUAAUCUUUGAAUGAUUCAUGAUUUAUGCCCAACAAUGGCGGAAACUGAAAAGAUCUUACGGUUCCCGGGUAGAAUAGAAUUCCCAAAAAUCACGAUCGGUCAAUCAAUUCUGGAGAAUCUCCAGAAGAGAGCACACCAAGUUUUCCAGGUUGAUGCCUACACAGGAAAAACAAUGACAAGAUAUGAGUUAUUAGAAAAAAGUAUUAGACUUGCAGUUGGUCUGCAGGACUGGGGAUUGAAUUCCGAUGAUAUAGUAUCGAUAUCAAGUGAGACCCAGUUAAAUUGGUUUGUCGUAGCUUGUGCGGCGAUGUUUCUUGGUAACCCUCUGGCUCCAUUUAAUCCGAGCUACACCGAAAUGGAGCUUCUUCAUAGUUUGAACAUCGUAAAACCACGUAUAAUUUUCGUAUCACGAAUAACGUAUGAGGUAGUCCAUCGUGCUGCGCAAAAACAGUCUUGGAAGAUUGAGCUCAUACAGCUGGACGACGAAAAUCCAAUAACGGAUAUCUUAACACUCGGUGGAAUCAUCUCCCAGAGGAGACAGUGGCCAGAUCCUCUCGGCUAUCAAGCAACAGCAGUGAGUGAGCCAUUUAGGAAGGAAGCAAUUAUUCUUCAGUCCAGUGGCACCACUGGACUGCCAAAAGGUGUUAUGCUCUCGCAUAAAAAUAUGCUGGCCAGUGUUUUUAUGGCCAAAAAUUUUCAGUUCGAAGAUUUUAGUAAUGCAUCCGUAAUCUUAACGGUGAUUCCUCUGCACCACGGCUUUGGCUUCCUCAUAAUGCUCAGCGUAAUCCACAGUAAUGCAACAACAAUCAUGAUGAAGUCAUUUGACCCAAAAUUAUUCUGCGAGUCAAUUCAGAAGUAUCGAGUGACGAUUCUACCAAUAGUGCCCGCCCUCUUAGGAUUCUUGGCAAAGAACCCUAUCGUCAGCAACUACGACUUCAGGUCUUUGAGGCAGAUUAUGUUCGGAUCAGCCCCUUCUUCCCAUCAGCUAAUCGGGCUUGUUGAAGAUCGACUGAAGAACAAAAAUCUAAUACUGAGAAAUGGUUACGGAAUGACGGAGUUGUCAAUUGUAACACACAUAUGCAAUAUCGGGUCGAAGAAGAAAUUGUCUGUUGGACCUGUUCAAACUGCCCUUGAACUAAAAAUCGUUGAUAGAGAGACCGGAAAGUCUCUCGGUCCCAACGAAACAGGUGAACUGUGUUGCAAGGGUGAUCACGUAAUGCUAGGAUACAAGGGAAAUCCUCAAGCAACAGCUGAAGUUAUAGAUUCCAAUGGUUGGCUUCACACCGGCGAUCUUGCUUUCUACGAUAAUGAUGGUGAUCUCUUUAUUUCGGGGCGAUUGAAGGAACUCAUCAAGUAUAAAGGAUUCCAAGUAGCACCAGCUGAAAUUGAACAUCUUCUUGGGGCGCACAGUGAGGUGGUAGAUGUUGCUGUCGUUGGGAAGCCUGAUGAUAUUGCUGGUGAGGUACCUUUGGCAUUUGUUGUUAAAACGACGGGAUCCGAUGUCACCGCUGAGGAACUCUGCAAAUUCGUUAGUGAGCGAUUGUCAUCACCGAAGCAUCUUCGCGGUGGUGUCAGGUUCAUCGAUGCUAUUCCGAGAAACUCCAAUGCCAAGAUUCUGCGUCGGGAACUCUUGCUAUUGCUCGCUAAACUGUGAAAAUUGAAUUCUUUUAUUUUUAACAUCUAGAACUACAGUGAAAUUUUUUGGAAUUGAUGGAAUCUUAGGAAAUUAUUUGAUUUAUUUGCAAUUGGAUCAUGACGAGAGUUCCAUUUUUUAUCGCUGAAUGUUAAACGAACUUCUACGGCUCAUGAAUUUUGGUAUAAGUUUUGAGGAAAAAUCUUCGGCGUUGAAUAAUUUUCAUCACGGCGAUAAGUUUAUUGCGAUGUUUUAGAAUUUAAAUAAAAUUUCGCAAUUGAAAAUUCAAGCCCAGAUCGCAAUUUCAGUUAAACCAUUUUAUAAAACUGAACAAAACUCCAGUAGAAGCAAAUAAAAAUAGAUUCUCAAAUUGUAAAUGAAUGACAAAUCUUAAUAAAUUGUUAUA